AUGCCUAUAUUUUUACGGAUUAAACGUCCAAAUACUGAUUGUCCUAGUCAAAUUUGUGAAGCACAAAAUCUUAUAAAACGUCCUAAAGCUGACUUACAAUCAAUUCAGUUUAAAUAUAUCGGUAGUCAAACUUCAAAUUGCUCAUUAAUUGGCAAAAUUGACAAAGUAUACACUUCCUCUGAAAAGUUAUGUAAGAUUAUAUGUAAUACUUCAGAUGCUACUGUUGUGGGCGAAAAUCAAACAGUCAAGUGUCAGGUCAAAGUGAACAAUCUGAAACGUCCUGCUAUUACAGCUGGAAUUUUCAAUGAUUUCAAUAAUCUUAAUAUUCAUUCAUCUAAAGUAUCUAUUGGUCCAAAUCCUCCGAAAAUUUUCAAAAUUAUUGAUUUAACCCCUGAAUCAAUUGAUGAUACAAAUUCAUUACCAAAACUAACGGAAAAUAAUCAUUCAAAUCAUGAUAUACAUCAAACAGAUUACAUUUAUGAUAUAUACAAAAUGAUAUCAACAUCAUCACCAUCAUCAUCAUCAUCAUCAUCAUUGGAUCCAAAAUGUUUAUCAUCGGAACAAACCAUAUGGUGUACAAAUGAUCAAUUGAUUAGAAAUGCUGAUAAUUAUAUUCAUGAUGAAUAUAGUUGGGAAUUAAAUGAAGAUUAUUAUGAUUAUACAACUGUUGAUGAUGAUGAAGAUGAUUCAAAUAGUGAAUCAAAUUGGCGUAAUGAUUAUCCUGAUGAACAAGACAGUAGUAGUAGUAGUUCAUCGAAUGAUUCAAAUUCACCAUAUUCUUCAUCGAAUAAGAGUUACAAUAAUGAAGAUUCAGAUUAUUAUUAUUAACUUUUUC